UUUCUCUUCUUCUGCAGUUCCUUUCCCUCAAGAAUUGGACUCUGCAGCUGAAGCAACAGCUGCUGCUUUCCGAAGACGAGGAAUACACCACUGGCUCGGAGGUUACAGAAGAUGAAGUCGGUGAUGAAGAGGAAGUUGUAUACAAGAAACCAGGGAAAAAAGAGAGGCCAAAGAAAUUUAUGAAACAUCCAAAGAAACAAGUGUCUUCACCCAGUGUCCAAAAGAAGGAGAAGUCGCUGGAGAAGGCCAAUUCUCGAGACCCCUCUCCUUUUAUAGUAAGCAUGCAGCAGAACAAGUGGGACGCUUCCAGAUCACUUCGAUUCAACCAGGAUGCUCAAAGAGAAGAAGAUCAGCGGAGGAUGGCCGAGAUCACGGGACACCUCAUCAAAAUGCGACUAGGAGAAGUUGACCGGACAAAAUCGAAAGAAAACAAAGAAUCGGCCGCUGGAAUUUAUGCCAGGCUGGAAGCUCAGGUCAGGGGGGCUGCGACGCAGAGCAACGCUCGCCAGAAUGUCUCAGAAAAAAAUUCAAGGACUAGGACUCGCUUUGGCCAAGGACGUCCAACGUAAAGAGCAAAGACCCCCCCACGUCUUCCAGCCAGAAGCCAAAGUACUUUUCUGCUUCCCGGUGACUACAGCUGGGUUCCAGAAUCUGGGGCCUGUCUUUUCCUAAAGCUUCUUCUAAGUGACUUAUUUAUUACUGUUGGCUAUGUAAAUUUUUCUGUCCUGAUGAAUGAAUGGAGAUUUUGCUUUUACAUGUAUGUUGUCAAUACACAAUUUCUUAUAUUAAACAGAGUGCAUUUUUCUCCCUUAAUCAGUGGUGGGUUUAUACUCUUGCACAACGAGAUCC